ACAAGCCAGCGACUUGGAAAGAUUCCUCUGGUGAUCGGGAUGCCGGUGGUGAUCUCACAUAACUUUGAUGUUGAUGGUGGCAUAGUAAAUGGAAGCACAGGUAUUCUGAAGAAAAUACGAUUUUAUGUGGAUGAACAAGGUGAUCGGCAUUUGCGAUCAUGUGUAGUAGAAGUACUGGACUCAACAGACGAAAAACUACCAUUAUUACCGGAACAUCACGUUGCAGUCUUAGAGGACACAACAGACAUG